CCCCGGGUCUCCCGCUGCCGCCGCCGCCGCCGCCCCCGGCUUCCACCAUGACGGUGAUGUCGGGAGAGAACGUGGACGAGGCUUCGGCCGCCCCAGGCCACCCCCAGGACGGCAGCUACCCGCGGCCGGCCGAGCACGACGACCACGAGUGCUGCGAGCGCGUGGUCAUCAACAUCUCCGGGCUGCGCUUCGAGACGCAGCUCAAGACGCUGGCGCAGUUCCCCAACACGCUGCUGGGCAACCCUAAGAAACGCAUGCGCUACUUCGACCCCCUGAGGAACGAGUACUUCUUCGACCGCAACCGGCCCAGCUUCGACGCCAUCCUCUACUACUACCAGUCCGGGGGCCGGCUGCGGAGGCCGGUCAACGUGCCGCUGGACAUGUUCUCCGAGGAGAUCAAGUUUUACGAGCUGGGUGAGGAGGCCAUGGAGAAGUUCCGGGAGGACGAGGGCUUCAUCAAGGAGGAGGAGCGCCCCCUGCCCGAGAAGGAGUACCAGCGCCAGGUGUGGCUGCUCUUCGAGUACCCCGAGAGCUCGGGGCCCGCCCGGGUCAUCGCCAUCGUCUCGGUCAUGGUCAUCCUCAUCUCCAUCGUCAUCUUUUGCCUGGAGACGCUGCCCGAGCUGAAGGACGACAAGGACUUCACGGGCACCGUCCACCGCCUCGACAACACCACGGUGAUCUACAAUUCCAACAUCUUCACGGACCCCUUCUUCAUUGUGGAAACCCUGUGCAUCAUCUGGUUCUCCUUCGAGCUUGUGGUGCGCUUCUUCGCCUGCCCCAGCAAGACGGACUUCUUCAAAAACAUCAUGAACUUCAUCGACAUUGUGGCCAUCAUCCCCUAUUUCAUCACCCUAGGCACUGAGAUAGCGGAGCAGGAGGGGAACCAGAAGGGCGAGCAGGCCACCUCGCUGGCCAUCCUCAGGGUCAUUCGGUUGGUCAGGGUUUUUAGAAUCUUCAAACUCUCCCGCCACUCUAAGGGCCUCCAGAUCCUGGGCCAGACCCUCAAAGCUAGUAUGAGAGAGUUAGGGCUGCUCAUCUUUUUCCUCUUCAUCGGGGUCAUACUGUUUUCUAGUGCAGUGUACUUUGCCGAGGCGGAAGAAGCUGAGUCGCACUUUUCCAGUAUCCCCGAUGCUUUCUGGUGGGCGGUGGUGUCCAUGACCACUGUAGGAUACGGUGACAUGUACCCUGUGACAAUUGGAGGCAAGAUCGUGGGCUCCUUGUGUGCCAUCGCUGGUGUGCUGACAAUUGCCCUGCCCGUACCUGUCAUUGUGUCCAAUUUCAACUAUUUCUACCACCGAGAAACUGAGGGGGAAGAGCAGGCUCAGUUGCUCCACGUUAGUGCUCCUAAUUUAGCCUCUGACAGUGACCUCAGCCGGCGCAGUUCCUCCACUAUCAGCAAAUCUGAGUACAUGGAGAUCGAAGAGGAUAUGAAUAAUAGCAUAGCCCACUUUAGACAGGCCAAUAUCAGAACUGGCAAUUGCACCACAGCUAACCAAAACUGUGUUAAUAAGAGCAAGCUACUGACUGAUGUUUAAAAAAAACCAAGCAAAGAAAAUAAAAAGCCCCCACUUAGCAGCAGCUUAAAGACUUUAAACCAACCAACCAAACCAAACCCGGAGUGACCAAAGUCACUCUUUGUAGAUACUUUCCUAAAUAGUCUUUGAAUGCUCUAUUUAACUGUCGAUGCAUUGUUGCAUUGCCGAGGUGAUGUUGGGGGUGGCGAACCAGAAGCUUUCAGGAGCCAUAAAAAAAAAAAAAAAGAACCUAUUUUCAUUUUAUUAAAAAAAACGGGAAAAGAAAGUGUAUUUUCUAAAACUGGUUUAAAAUAACUCAGUCCAUGAACUAGUCUAGGUAAAAUAAGAUUCAUAUGCUUCCCCAUUUUUAAUCCUUGGUGGCUUCUUUCAUUUUCUCCUUUUAACUAAGACUCAGAUGAUUGAUUAGAAAUAGGACAUUAACAUUUGCAUGGGACUCCAAGAUGAAAUCUUUGCAAACUGCACAGCACACUUACAAAGUGCAUCCAAUGUAUUAGUUGUAACAUGAUAGACCAGCCGAAAUGGGCAACGACAGAUGUUUUUAUUUUGAUCAACUGAACUGCAUAUUGUAAGGUGAAAAAAAUUGACUCAAGACUGGUUCACACAGCACCUUAUAAAUCUGGUCCUGGUCUGUAGGGAUCUUUUUUUCCCUCUGCCCCCUUCCCUUCGGAUUCAAACUCUUAAGAAAAAGAUAACUGAAUGAAAUUCACUGUUUCCUCUGCAGUGCUGCUAAGAUUUUCAACUGCAGAUGUGCCCAAUGGGUCUUUUCUCACCAGUCCUGCACCCUGACCCUUGGCCUCCAGAACUGGAUGUAAAACCAUAGCCUCCUUAUUGCAAGAGAGCACAAAUGGAACCAAGUGUUAGCAUGUUUGAAUCUGAUCAUAUUUCUUUUAUAAUCGCAUGCCGAGAACGUUAACUCAGACAAUAGGGAAUAAGCUUACGUUGGAAUCGAGUCUUCGAAAACUAGAUCCGUCUUCAUUUGCAUUCACCAAAAGUGCACUCCUUCAUUUAUUAACUCUUUUUAUUAGUCAAUUAAGUACUGUAUUUAAGUACCUACGUUAGUCAGAUGGGAACAAUCACUUUUUUGGAGUUCAAGCAUGUUCUCUUAUUCAGCAUUAUGGCCUAUUUGAUUCAAAGGUGUACCUUGAAUUAAUUACUGCAUGAUUUAUUUAAUGUAAAGACAUUUAAAAAAAUAAUAAAAACUACCAGUUUGUGGGAUGAAGGGCCCAAAAGAAAUAAUGGGGGGUGGGGGUGGGGGGCACUCCGUCAAUUUUCCUGCCUUUGCUCAGGGAAAUGUCAGGCUUCUGUGCAGAUGUAGGCAGAGAGGGGACCAAUAUGCCCAUCCCUUAAAGGGAAGCUCUAUGGAAAACUAAGUUAGUGAGGUAUGUAUAGCAACACCUAAGAACACGUAUUCUUUCUAGCUGAAGAUAACCACAAGCAAAACAAACAAACAAAAAAAAGGUGCAAUACUGCAUGUUUUUUGGUGCAUUCUUAAGAUGUAAAUGAAAAUGUUUAUCCACUGUAUGCAUCCAAAGCAGAGCUCAUUUCUUUUUGCAGUCGUGGUUUGAAGUCUGUAGAGACUUCGGCCCUCCCCUUGAGGCUCCCUGAAGACACUCAACCAAUUGAUUUAAUAGUUGCUUAGUGCCUUUAUCCUGUACCCACAGCGAACUGCAGAAAGUGCCUCCAUUAACACAGCAAAGAAGUUAUGUAACCAAGGGGAGGAAGGGUGGGGGCGCAGAUAUUUUGCUUUUCCUUUUCCCACCCUCCCUAUCUCACGUCACAACCAUGGGGACACCCUGCCAUCCCAUACCCUGGACUGGAGAGACCCGGGAGGGUGCUGCUUCUCUGGCCACCCAGUGGACAUGGUCCCUUUGGCAGCUUGACCUGGGAUGGAGACCGGGGUCUGAGACCCAUCUUCGAACUGGACAUGAGCCAUGAACUUGCAAUUUCCUCUUCUCCACCGGAAGCCAAUAUAAACUCUUGGAGACAUUGUGUCCUGGAAGGGGUCACCCUGGACAAGCAAGGCUUCCUCUGGUCCAGCCCAGCAGGCCUUGUGUAUUUCCAUCCCUCUCCUCUGUUUGCUGCAGCACUUUGCCGCUCUCCGACAGUCUGAUCUUUGCAGGCAUCGUUGUGGAUGCAGAAUGCUCAGUUCAGAAUAGCCUUUCCCAGGCUUUCCCUCCUGGCCCAUCCCCUUCAGAUAUUUCCUAGGUUGUGCCUGUGAUAUUCCCACCCGGCAGUCAUUUCUCAGGCUGAACGUCUAACUUCUGCUGCCCCUGUCACCCACUCCAGAGAACGGUGGGGACCCCGUGCCUAGCUGAAAGGGAGUCACAUCACAUGGGCCUCUGGAGGCCAGCAGCUGCCCACCCACGUGGAGGCACUCCCUGCCUUUCGAAGGACCCGAGGUGGGGAGCUUCCUUCUGCACUUAGCAUGUGGCCACCUGCUGCCCAUUGCUUUUCAUCCCUGCGCUGCUGCUUCUGGAAUUCAUCUCUGUGACUUCCCUCUUCCCACCACCCCGCGUCCUACCCUAGAACGAGCAGGGAGGCGAGAAACCAAGAAACCAGAGUUACUUACACCCAGGCUGGCUGACUCAGUUGAAAGAAAGAACGUGGAUGUUAUAUUUCCCUGUGCAGCUUCUGUGAUUCCGUAAGACAGACAUGACAACCGAGGAAGACAGGGGCCAAGGACCGCACGGCAUCCGAGCACAGGGUGUCUGACCCUCCCUGUGAUGCUUCCUUCUCAUUUGAACUUGACUCCUCCUGGCUCUUCCUCCUCUAUCUGUUUAUAAGUCUCCUGUUGGGGAAAAAAAGGCCAACCUCCUCCCCAUCCCUGGGGAUUAUCUUGAUCUUUUAUUUAGACUUUGAGGUCGAGGACACACGGAACUUGAAAUGCUGCACAAUGUCAACAGCAAUAAUCCGCUCAGGACUGUGGGAUGGAUGGGUCAGAGGAUGAGAAAACGGGACCAGAACUGCAAAGACUGGCUUUGGCUGCCCGGUCCGCCUCUCACAGCUCCACACUGCUCUGGGUCAAUCCUCCUGCAUGUGUUCCAGGGAGCAGCGAUGCAUGCAGUAAACCUGUCGGCCUGGGACGGGGCUGAGCUGUUAACGAAGUGGGGUGGUUUGGGGGAAAUGAAUGCUCCUUACCCAUCUGUAGCUCAUGGAAACCAUGUGACUAAGCCCAGGGUGCAGGGAUUAUCUGUGUAGCAUAGGCAUGCAGAGCUGGACGAAGCUCUCCCCCCCUUGCACAGGAAGGUGCUGAAAUGUUUUUGUGGACCUGAAGGUGCACUUAACAAAACUGCCCAUUCGGGAAUGACUGUCUUUCGGUUUACUUCCCUCGAUUUGUUUUCUUGGGCUUUUUGCCUCUUCAUCCCUUCCCUAGAUCUUGAGCUUUAAUGGCUCCUGCCUUGACUACUGCUUUUCUCCCGAAGGAGAAGACGGCUGACCUGCUGAGAGCCAUAACUCAGCUCUUCCGGUGUGGGAAGGCCCCCGUUCCAUUGGGGCGGGGGUGGACAGUGGAAGGGCUGGGUCACACCAGGCCUGUUGGCCAUCCCAGAAGCCCUGAAGGGGUUAACUCACCUCAGGUGAUCUGAAUGCGAGAGACCAAAGACACUGUCCUCAGAGUCGAGGAAGACAGAUGAUGGCCAGGAAAGGCUUUUGGUUUUGCCUCUCCUGGCCGCUGUCUGUGCACAGCCAUUCCUCAGCACCCCCUUGAGAGGUGAGUUCUGAUGAUCGCUUAAAGCAGUUUGUUGGGAGCGUGUGUGCCAGUUCGCCUAGCAAAAUCAAAUAAUCCAGGAGCAAAUUCUUCUCCUGGAAUACGGCCGAGGGCCACUCCUUCCUCUGACUGUGGAGGCGUGACUCAUUCGAAGAUAAACGAGGAUACUUGGAAGUGGUGAGUGAGGGACAGAUGUCUUCAAGCAGAAAUUUGGUUUAGUCCAUCAAGGUCCUUCUUCACAUUGUGAAGAGUUACAGAUUUUUCAAGUGAGUUGACAUCCAAAGAGCUGGGAGAAAUAGUGUCCUAAUCCCCUCGUUUAGUGUAGGAGACCUCAAAACACAGGCUCUUUAAAAACCGAAUUCCUUGUUCGGUGGAUGGGAUUGAAUCAAAGGAGAAAGGGCAGCUUACUCUCUCCCAGGAGUGACUCGCUCCUGGGGAUGGUGACGCGUGGUGAGUGUAACCACCCACCGUGCAGAAUUGUUAGAAAAGCGACCACUAGACAGCCCUUUUUAUCUUCCUGCCUUUUCAAGAAAGGAUGGAAGUUGUUUGAUGUUUACGUUCAUUUUAAGAAGACAAAACACACAUUUUUCAACCAGACCCAACCCGAGCUAAUCGCCGUCUCAGGAGGUGGCCUCUCGUCCACCACAUGGUGUAUUUGUGCUUAUAUUUAUACCGUGGAAGUUCAGGGUACACACGUCCAGCAUGACUCAGGUAGCACUUAGAAGAAUGUACGUUACUUUAUCAUUUUUGUAAAGAUGCGAACAGGAGCAGAGCUGUUAACCACAGCUCUUCCAUCCCCUUGGGUCACUGUGCAAACUCAAUCAGGGUCUGGAGGUAAGGUGGAGACGACUGGGUGUCCACAGCCAGUCUCUUGGCUCAGGCAAAAUGACCACGGGCUUUCUUGGGAAGCCCCGGUGUCUGUAAGGGGUAAGGGCCGGCUGCCCUCAGGACCCCAGCGUUAAGGAGCUUAGCCCUAGUUGCAGUGAUUUUCAUCUGGGGGCUAACUAGGAGUUUACUGUUAAUGGCACGAGACUUUAAAGAGGAGAGGAAAGUUUUGUGCCACAACUGGAGAAGAAAUGGUGUAAGGAAAGAAAGCCAAACGAAACACAAAGAUCCCUUGCGAAAUAUUCCAGGUCAAAAGUGUCACCUUUCCAAGACCCACAGACACACCUUUUUCUUCUCUCCAGUGCAGUUUAGGAAUCGUUUCUCCAGCAGCUGUGAAGUGGAAAGCAUGGACUCUCUAUGAUAUACCUCCGCUAUUAAAAGCAAAGUACUACCCAGGUUAAAAGUACCAAUUGAAUAGUCUUAAUAAGUGCACCAUCAGGAUGACAAACCAUUGAAGCUGAGCAAGCGCUCUUUCUUUUCUUGAGUUUGCCCGUCGCUUACGCCUUGAGUUAAAGGAUGUGUCUCACUUUCACCUACUGUGCAUUUCCCCUGCCCUGUUUCCUAGGUCAGGUAGAGGACAUUGAAUGUUAGGAACUGGGAACCUAAUUGAAGCGCAUAGUUUCCAUCUAUGCAAUUUUACUUGCUUCUGUCACUUUAUGAUCUGUUCAUAUUUGGCAUCAAUUAAAGAUAAUUUUUAAGGAUCUUA